AUGAUCUCUAUCCAUCUAUCUAUCUAUCUAUCUAUCUAUCUAUCUAUUUCACUUCAUCUCUGUUCAUAUCUCUCAAGCUGUGGACUAGCCAUGUCUGCUGGUUCUUGGGAGGAUUCUUCAAAGAUUAAAGACGAGAAAGAUGAGCAAGAACCCGUCAAAAAGCGUCCUCCUCCUCGACCGGCCGGGCCCCCACCGCGGCCCUCAGCACCUCCUCCUCGGCCUGCUCCAAUCAGCAUAAAGCCAUCGUCCUCCAGGUCGACGUCCCCGACCCCGCAUCCACCGCCCCCAGCCUCUUUAUCCGGUGCCGCUGUCGUUGGGCACACCCUUACAACAGCGAACAAGAAGGCGCAUAAGAUUUUCAGCUCUUUGAAGACCAAGGCCGGUCUCAAAUCACCGAAGCAUUUCAUCAAAGAAAAGAAGAACAAGUCACCUCUGCCGUCUCCAUCGAAAGAAAAAUUCGAUAGUGUUGCACCCGAGGAAAAAACGAACAGAUCCGAAGAAUGGUUUGCUUUCCAGCGAAUGCUGGAGAGGACGAAGGAAACUGUAAUUAAAACAAAGGAAAAUUUGAGUCGUUUAACAUCAAAAGACGAACCUGAUUAUUCCCCCGACUCUGAAACGGAGAGCAAAGCCCCAACUUUAAAACGUAAAGACGCGUUAGACUCGUUGGACGAAGAGACCGAAGUGUCCAAACAAGGAAAAGAUAUCCCUCAGUUAACCGUAACUUCUGUCCCAAGAUCAAGGCCAACAAGCCAAGACAUUGACAAAGAUCAGUCUUUUGAAUUGGAUACAGAUUCUAGCUUGGCUAAUGGUAUUGACAAGAUCUCAAGCGCAGCUACUGGUGGCAGUGUCCAAGAUCUGUUAGGCUUGGGUCUUGAUGACUUUGCAUCUCCACCGGAGCCCGAGAGUGACGACUGGUUAUCGUCCCAUAAAUCGCAGUUCGAAAAGGACUUCUUGCUCGCUGAAGAAGAAAAACUCAGUCGGUCUACUAAAAGUGUGACUGAUGAGCUUGUAGAUAGCUUCUUGGGUUUGGAUACGACGAUCCACCGAUCUCCACUGGUCAGUCCCACUGUACUAUCGCCAGUGGUAUCGAUUUCGGCCAGCGAAGUCGAGUCGGAUCCAUUUGUCAUACCCAAAAUCCCGGAUCCAGUAGAUCUGUCGACGAUCCGAAAAGGAAUCGCCAGCGGAGUGAAAGCCGAGCCAGACUCAGAUCCAUUUUUUGUCAAAUCUGCAACAUCCUCUCCGCCGGAUCCUUUUCUUGGCAAGGGCAGUGAUCCGUUUGCGGUUACACCGGUCGAACCGUCGACAGAUCCAUUCGCUGUCUCUUCAGACCCGUUCGCUUUUAAAUCGAAACCCACCACAGAGUCAAACACAUUCGCCCUAACCGCUGAUCCGUCGUUGGAUCCAUUUGCAGUGACUCCGACUAAACCGGAUACAACCUCCCUUCCUUUCUUAACACCUGAUCUAAUAAGUUCGACAUCUGACCCGUUUGCAGCGUCAACAUCUGAUCCUUUCACGCCCGUCAAGAGUGGCCUGACGACACCAACCACAGACCCCUUUGCGGUAACAAGUAGCGGAUUUGCAAGCCCGACAGCCGAUCUCUUCCCCGUCUCACCCGGCAUACCAAGAACCUCGGCUGAUCUAUUCGGACCGGCAAACGAGCUCGCGUCAUCUUCCACAGAUCCAUUUAGCAACACUCUAGGACAGGCAACAAGCACAUCUGGUUCGUUCGUCUCAGGAUUAUCGGCCCCAGUAAGCGAUCCAUUCGCCAUUUCAUCCCCUGGAGCUGAGCUUUUCGCGUCGGCUACCAGCGAUCUAUUUGAGUCUAAAAGCGGUUUUGCCACCCCAUCCACAGAUUUCUUUGCGGCGUCACCGGCGGCUGAUUUCCCAGCUUUUCCCGCGGCCGAAACAUCAACAUCGGACCAGUUUACCUCGUCGGCGUCGACUGAUCCUUUCGCUGCCGCUUCUGACCUCAGCACUAAACUAUUUCCAACUUCUAUAAGCACAGAUCCAACAAUUUCGGAUCCUUUCGCUUUCGCUGCUUCUCCGGCAACUAUCAUAGCUACUCCUGAGCCUUACUCUACUAUUUCCGAACCGUUGGAUUUUACUUCAUCGGUUUCUGCUGGCAAUCCUUUCCUCUCUGCGAUCGUGGCAGAAGAGGAUACAGACGCCUCAGCUGCUUCUGGUCUGGAAUUCUUUUCAACAAUCUCGGAGCCGCUAGAAACGUUCUCUGCCUUUGAAUUCGAGACAGAGACAGCCGGACCACUUAUCCCCGAGAAGGACCCGUUCUCAACGACCUCGGAACCGAUCGACGUUGCUUCUGACAAGUUCAAGAAAAGCGAGGAUUUACCGACUGUAAGUCAGGCCCGCAGCAUAAUUGUUCCGAAGGUUUGUAUCACCACUUCCUUCGAAACAGUCUCUGAACCGGUCGAUUCGAAUGUCGACACAAGUGAUACUAAUUUAACUCCGAGUUCCCCAGUUGAGAUAAUCAGCUCCGUCACUGUACAAGAUUCCGAACCAGUUGCGCAAGACUCAACAAUCGACCCGUUUAGAUCCCAAUCCCCAUUCGGGUUCUCAGACACCGGAUCAUUCCCGCCGCCCCCACCACCCACCGAGUUUACAGACGCUACAUUCGACGCCGCUUGGUCGACGCUGACGCCAACUGACAUUACGCUGCCGCCUGCAGUUGACGCUUCAACGGCCGAUUCCACCUUUUCUCUUACGAGCACCGCGUUCACAGAGUCAGCGAAUAUAUUCACUUCUGCUAACAUGUCGGAGCCCACCACGGAACCUCUCUUCCCAGUAGUGCCGGAAGCCGCCCUUUUGAUGGAUACAAACUCCGUCGCAGAAUCCAAUGGCACCCAGGAGACAAAACCUGCAGCUGUAUCGGAUCCCGACAAUGCAGCAGUUCUUCCCCCAGCAGUAGAAACAGUCCCUAUCCUAGAACCAGAUCCCGUGAUUGAAGUAGCCCCUGAAUUAACGGAUACCUUACCUCAGAUGGAGACCGUACCUCCUGCUGAUGCCCUAGCGAGCGACCCAGCAAAUAUAUUCGGGAUGACGGAGCCCAUCAUCCCAAUGGCGCCUCUUGCACCCAUGAUACCUUUAGCUCCGACUCCUGUACCCGUAUCAAGUAGUGUCACCGCCGCAGGAGACGGCGCAGCCACAACUGAUUCGACAAGCGUUAUAACUGACUUCUCAUCCCUGGAUACAGCGUUUUCUGCGCAGGAUGACUUCUUCUCUGGAACCAGCGCCGCUGCGACUAAAGGGAACGACUUUUUCAGUUCCGAACCCCUUCCUGCAACCACUAACACAGGCGGUGACAUGUUCUCGUUACUGGAUGACAGUUUCCCUGCCGCACCCACAACGGCACCGGCCGCUUCUGAUGGCAGCUUACAGGACACGGUUGAUUUGUUCGGCACGUCAGAUGCUGCUUCUAAGGCUGACAGUUCUUUCCCCACCUUUGCUGAUUCUAGUUUCGGUAUGACUAACUCUGCGUUCUCCACGUUAGAACCAUCAGUUACCUCGACACCAGCCAUUUUUGCAGAACCUGCAUUUUCUGCAAUGGACCCAGUCGGCGCGCUGACAACCGACCCAACGGAUUCGGUAUCGGCGAUGGAGAUGUCCCAAAACAAUCCAUUUGAAGGAAUGGAGUCAGAUGACGUGCCGGCGCCGAUUAGCGGCAAUAACCCCUUCUCCAUGUUUGAAACUAUCGAAGACGAGACAUCAAAGGAGAUUCUUGAAGGCCAGUCAGCUCAGACGGUGCCAUCAAUAGGAACUGAAAACGUAGCGACCAACUUGGACGCUUUUCUGCAACCAUCAGUCGUUCCACAACCGGUGACCGCAACAGACAACGUUGCCACAACUGAAGAUACGACGACCAUUACUACGACUGCUACCGAUACGGAAAAUGUAUCGUUCACCGAUUCUGGUGCAAAUCCUUUUAUGGAUAAAACUGAAAUCCCUGCUGACCCGGCUCCAGCUUCUGUGACAGAGGACACCGAGGAUUUCUUCGAUGAAGAUUUCUUCAACACAAAAACUGCUGAGAAAAAAGCCCAAGGUGUCAAGAUAAACUCCAAAAGCGCCUGGGGCAUGAUGGAAUCGGUUGAUAAAGAUUCUACUUUCAACCCUUUCCAAGAUGACAAUUUCGAUGCUGACAACAUUCCCAAGAAUGUCUUAAAUGAUUUGGACACACAGAAUCAGGAAGUACCCACUGAAGCCAAAAACCCGUUUUUGUCAAGCGAUUUUGAAGCCCCUGUUGCCACAACAACGGAAACCACAGUAAAUCCUUUCUUGACUCAAGUUGAUGAACUUGAGAAAGCUCAAAGUACCUUAUCAGACAAUCUUAGCUUGUUUUUAAGCAAAGGGCAGGAACUUGAUCCUUCACAUUUACCGUUAGAUGUCUUUGAUCCGUUUAAGACUAUUGAACCGGACGAUAUUCCUGAGCCGACAGUUACGGCGCCUGUCAUUCAGACGGUCGACUCAAGCGACGAUGAAAAAGAUUCUCCGGAUAAUGAAGACAACAAAGACGCUUUCAAGUUGACCAUACGCAUGCGCGAUCCUGUUGAGUCCGGACCGUCAGUCGCUCUUCCACCACCUCCAAAAGUGCCGAAAUCUCCCCAAAUGGCCCCAAGGAUAAAUCCGUUUGACAAAGAAUCUCCACCCGAGGAGAAUUUUGCCAAGUUCGAAGUGAUGGAGACGAAGGAAAAACCGAAAGCACAAAGAACAGAAACGCAGAUGAGCGUCUCCACGGACGGGAGUGGCACGCCUGACGAAGAAGAAGAGAAUCUCGAGCCACUUGAAAGUUUCUUGCCUCGGUUCGAGGACGAUGGAUGGUCCCUGAUGCUUCGGCAACCCACGAAGAAGAAACUGACCGGAAAUCGCUACUGGAAAACCAUCUUUUUGAGGCUUGUGCAGCAAAAUGACGGACCCGUCUUGAAACUCUACCACAGCAAAGAAGACAAAGACUCAUUUCAGGAACUCCCUUUACAGCCUUGCUAUUCAAUGUCGGAUAUCGCCUUGCAGCAUUACGACCAAUACGGCAAGAUACAUACUCUCAAAAUUCAAUACGUUUUCUACCGUGAACGAGUCGGAAUACGAACAGAGAAAAUAACACCAACAUUUGUUAAGAAUAUGAAACCGAAGGCUAAUAUGAUUCUAGAUCAUUCCCCGCAGAUUUCAGAGCUUCUAAAGUUUGGAUCUCUGGACGAAGAAUUGGUACUGUCAUUUGUUCAAGAGGUUGAGGAUGCAUUGAUGAGAAUUGUGGCGCAUCGAGAAAAAACACUGUCUUACCAGAAAGACGAAGUAAUCGUGGAUGUAAUCGAUGAGUAUAAGGCCAAUAUCGAUACCGCCGGACACAUUGUCAGCCAGAAAGCCCGAGUACGCAUCUUUUGUCUGUCAUUCGUCACUGGUAUGCCGUUUGUGGAACUAGGGGUCAACGAUAGGCGACGAAAAGGGCGGGAGGUGGUCGGUCGACACGACAUUAUCCCGAUUAAGACCGAAGAAUGGAUAAAACCAGAAAACAUAGAAUUUCAUUGCUCGGCAAAGCCGGAGGAGUACGAAAAAGAUGGCACCAUCAAAUUCCAUCCGCUAGACGCUUGCCACUUUGAGUUAAUGAGAUUUCGUGUCAGGUUACGAUACAACAAAGAACUGCCGUUGCAAGUACGGGUGACGAGAGAUAUCAAGGAGAGGCAUGUGGAAUACCGAUGUGACGUUGUCUGCACGGGUUACCACGCCUACAGCAAAAAGCACGGACAGUUCCCGUGUGAGGAUAUAGAAAUAAGGUUCCCGAUACCUGAUUGUUGGAUUUACCUAUUCCGCUACGAGAAGCGCUUCCGUAGGGACAGCCAAAUACGAGAAUAUUUAUCAUGCAAUUGUCUGGCGGAUUAG